GGAGGAGGGGGAGGACACCGAGAGGCGGCUGCCGCGCGAAGCAGAAGCCGUGCAGGAGCCGCGGCGGCACUCGGGCGCCACAUUCCCUCUGCACGGGGCUGGCGAUGUGGAUGAGCAGGAGCUGACCCGGCUGCCGCGAGCCGCGUUUUGGAGCCGAGUGUCCGCUUCUCCUCCUCCUCCUGCUGCUGCUGCCCCCGCGCGGCUCGACCCGCACGCGGGGGUGCCCGCCGGCACGCGGCUCGCCCGCCCGCUCGUGGAGCAGGAGCUCUUCCGCCCGCUGGAGCCCGGGCACUAUGAUCGUACUCCCAUUCAGCACUGGGAGCCGCUUGGAUUUCGUGCAGCCGUCCCGGGGGGAGUUCUUGCAAGCCUUGCUUUGGAUUUUAUGUGCUACGGUGUGCAGAGCGGAGCAGUAUUUCAAUGUGGAGGUAUGGCUACAGAAGUAUGGCUAUCUUCCACCAACUGACCCCAGAAUGUCAGUGUUGCGCUCUGCAGAGACCAUGGAAUCAGCGAUAGCUGCCAUGCAGCAGUUCUAUGGCAUUAAUAUGACAGGAAAAGUGGACAGGAACACAAUUGACUGGAUGAAGAGGCCUCGAUGUGGUGUGCCUGACCAGACGAGAGGUAGCCCCAAAUUUAACAUUCGUCGGAAACGUUAUGCAUUAACGGGACAGAAGUGGCAACACAAACAUAUCACUUACAGCAUAAAGAACGUUACUCCAAAAGUAGGUGAUGCCGAAACCCGUAAAGCCAUUCGCCGUGCCUUUGAUGUGUGGCAGAAUGUAACUCCUCUGACAUUUGAAGAAGUUCCUUAUAUUGAAUUAGAAAAUGGCAAGAGAGAUGUGGAUAUUACAAUCAUUUUUGCAUCAGGUUUUCAUGGAGACAGUUCUCCCUUUGAUGGGGAGGGAGGAUUUUUGGCUCAUGCAUAUUUUCCUGGGCCAGGAAUUGGGGGCGACACUCAUUUUGACUCAGAUGAGCCAUGGACCUUGGGAAAUCCUAAUCAUGAUGGGAAUGAUCUCUUUCUAGUUGCAGUGCAUGAGCUGGGGCAUGCUCUAGGCUUGGAGCAUUCCAAUGACCCCACUGCAAUUAUGGCUCCAUUUUACCAGUAUAUGGAAACUGACAACUUCAAACUACCUACUGAUGAUUUACAAGGCAUCCAGAAGAUAUAUGGUCCACCUGACAAGAUCCCACCACCAACAAAACCUCUGCCAACAGUGCCCCCACAUCGUUCUAUCCCUCCAGCUAACCCUGGGAAGAAUGAUAGGCAGCCAAAACCUCCCCGGCCGCCCACUGGUGACAAACCUUCCUAUCCUGGAUCCAAACCUAACAUCUGUGAUGGGAACUUCGACACGCUAGCUAUUCUUCGUCGGGAAAUGUUUGUUUUCAAGGAUCAGUGGUUUUGGCGUGUCAGAAACAAUAGGGUGAUGGAUGGAUAUCCCAUGCAGAUCACCUAUUUCUGGAGGGGACUGCCUCCAAGCAUUGAUGCAGUUUAUGAAAACAGCGAGGGGAAUUUUGUUUUCUUUAAAGGUAACAAGUUCUGGGUCUUCAAGGACACCACUCUCCAGCCAGGGUAUCCUCAAGAUUUGAUAACACUCGGAAUUGGAAUUCCUCCCCAUGGUAUUGAUUCAGCAAUUUGGUGGGAGGAUGUUGGGAAAACCUACUUCUUCAAAGGAGAUAGGUACUGGAGGUACAGUGAAGAAGUGAGCUCCAUGGACCCAGGUUAUCCCAAACCAAUCACAAUCUGGAAAGGUAUCCCAGAAUCUCCUCAGGGAGCCUUUGUCCAUAAAGAAAAUGGCUUCACAUAUUUCUACAAAGGAAAGGAGUACUGGAAAUUCAAUAACCAGAUGCUCAGGGUGGAACCUGGAUAUCCCAGAUCCAUCCUCAAGGAUUUUAUGGGUUGUGAUGGCCCAACAGACCGGGACAGAGACCGAUACAGCCCUCAAGAUGACGUUGACAUUGUCAUCAAACUGGACAACACAGCCAGCACUGUGAAAGCCAUAGCCAUUGUCAUUCCCUGCAUCCUGGCCUUGUGCCUCCUUGUCUUGGUUUACACUGUGUUCCAGUUCAAGAGGAAAGGAACACCCCGCCACAUACUGUACUGCAAACGCUCUAUGCAAGAGUGGGUGUGAUGUAGGGUUUUUUCUUUCUCCCAGGAGUUUGUGGUAACUUGAGGUUCAACACAAGAGCUGUUAAGCAGUUUCCUAGCUAGGAGUGGGCAUCUGUCAGCCUGAAUCAAGGCUGAUCUUUAAAACCCAGGGGGUUGCCUGUCCUGCACAUGAGUGGGGAUUCACUCAACUAGGAAGCUUCCAUGAUACACAGUAUCUGCCGUUUCUUCAGUCCUUUGUCUUUCUUUGUCAUUCGAUUCUAGGCCUUUCCUCUGCACGCUCAAUACCCGAUAAACUAUCAGGAUUAACUAAUGAAGAGGAAAAAAAAAAGGAAAGAAAAUUCUCUAAUGUUUCUACUGUUUUCCCCACACAGCCUGUUCCCCUUUGAAAAGAUUUUUGCUGAAAGUAAUUUUUUUUUAAAUAUAACAACACAACAACCCAUAAUUGAACUUUCAGGAAAGUGUGAAGACCCAAAACAGCUUUGUCUCCAAAGAGGAUUGCUUUCUGUCUGCUAGGGAUAUAGUCCUACACUCCUACACACAAUUUUUGUCAAGUGGGAGACCUGGAUGACACGCAGGACUUCAGACUGUUUGGACAGCCAUUUUCCAACAAACAAGGGGCCAAAAUAUCUGCAAUAUAGUAACAGCCUUAAUGAUACAUUUUGUGUUUUAUACAGCUGUUCUGAGCUAUGUCCUCAAUGUUUUAACACAUUUAUAUUCAUUACUGUCUUCAAACAGAA